AUGGGAGCUACCCCCUUCACUGAAAGAAUCCUGAGAGCAAAACUCCCUAAGGGAUUCGACAAGCCCACAGAUAUGAAGUACAACAGAACAAAAGAUCCCCAGGAACACCUAACGGCCUUUGAAGCCAGGAUGAACCUGGAUGGAGCCGCCGAUGCAGUCCGAUGCAGAGCCUUUCCGGUAACCCUAGCAGGACCUGCGAUAAAAUGGUUCAAUGCCCUUCCAAACGGGUCUAUAACCGGCUCUCACGAUAUCUCGAGAAAAUUUAUGGCCCAGUUCACUACCAGGAUCACCAAAGCCAAACACCCCAUUAGCUUGUUAGGAGUCACCCAAAAACAGGACGAAUCCACGAGGAAAUACCUGGACAGAUUCAACGACGAAUGCUUAACGAUCGACGGACUCACGGACUCAGUCGCAAGCCUUUGUCUGACCAAUGGGCUCAUGAAUGAGGAUUUCCGAAAGCAUCUCACCACCAAGCCAGUUUAG